ACUCGGGGAAUCCCCAGACGCGUCCGCCCAGAUUGUAAACAGUCUGGGUGAAAUUGCGCUUACAACUCCGUACAGCAAAUAAAAAAGCAAAACAUAUGUACACGCCUAAAUAUACAACGGGUACUUGCCGAAGACUGUGAGAAUUUCAAGAUUGAAGGAAGCAGACUUCAUUGUAGAAAAAUUAAGGAGAAGAAACAUUUUCAUUACUACUUCUGUGAAUGAGUUCGAGGCUUUUGAAGUCAAUUCCAGACUCCGGAGUCCCUGGCCCAAUUCAAUACGGUCUGCUUAUUACAAAUACAAGAACGAGUUCUGCGUACGCAGCACACCGGACUUCCCCACAGCAGUUUAGCGGCCGUUGCCCGGAUCAGUUCUAUCCACUGUACUGUUGCCAGGAAUACUAGCAAAGGAUUCUGAGAGGGUGUGAUUCUUAUCUCCGACCAUAAUGGCUUUAUUUAAUAGCAUCAAGAGUGGUGACAACGUACACUGGAUGUCAACAUCUAACAACCAAGAAAAUGUUGGAGGUGGCAGUACCUCUCCUACUGGUUUUGACCCUGCUGUAGGUGGAGCUUCGACAGUACCAUCAUUAUCAUCAUCAGGAAGCGGUGAUUCCUCGUCAUCAUCGUCAUCCCAGUUUGGAUUACUCAGAAACACUCUUUACCAGUCUCCUACAGGGCCAGGUGGCACAAUCAGCAGAGAGGAUCAGUUCUUCUGUAAGGUUUGUAGGGUUGAUCUGUCAGGAUUGGAGCCAGCCAAGCAGCAUUACACUGGUAAGCAACAUCGGAAGGCAGUCCAGGCUCAAGAAUCUGGACGAUCUGCAGGAGACGGAUUACCCCUCCCCUUGGAAUGCAAGAUCUGCCAGAAGAAGUUUACAGGACCGUCUUCUGCAAAGCAGCACUAUGAGAGCAGCAAGCACAAGACUGCGGUGCAAGGUGCAGCGUUCUGGGCGCAGAAUCAAGGUCAAGGUGGCACGGUCCCAUCAGGAGUUACAGGGUUGGGACCUGUAACUAGGGAAGCUGGAAGCAUUCCAGCAUCUCCAAGAGCUAGCCAACAGGUUUUGUUAUUGAAUGAUUCUGUUCCAGAUGGAGCUUUGAACCAGCGUCAGCAUCAAGCAGAAGCACCGAGAGCUCAAUCCAACCUUGGAACCUCUGGAAGAAGUCUCCAGCAAUCAGGAAGCCAUCCUCCAAAGGGCUUUGCUUCUGUCGUUAAUCCUGGUAGUGAACAGCUCAAGAUGCAUAUCGCCAAGGUAUGCUCCUCUAUUUUACAGCGAUACCUGAUGCAGCUCAUCCCAGAUCUCACCGAUCAGAUCACGGACAUAGUGCUUGAGGAACUGUCAAAGGCCACUCCUGUAAAUUCUUCUCAUAGUGAUGCAGGAGCAAUGGUGCCACCGAGACAGGAUGCCUCUGCAGGAGAUGCAUUGCAGUCUGUCAGCACUGAUUUCCAGAGCAUGCCUUCGCUUAUUGAUGGUCUUAAUUCUUUGGACCUGAGAGGAGCAGUGAAAUCUGCUCCAGAGAUCACCAACAUCAUGAACAAUCUUAGCAAAGGCUCUACCCCUAAUCAUAAGGAUGUCUGGAAUUCUCUCAUAGACAACAAGAAAUAAAAAAUUUUGUCAAAUGCGGGAGCUGCCUUUUUCUCAGUGGGGAACUCACAAGUGGUUUAUCAAUACCAAGUCUAUACUUUUAUCAUAGGCAAACCAAUGGGAAAAUAAAAUGCAGAAAAGCCACUAUGAAAAUAUGCAUAGCGCCCUCUUUCGCCGGAUUCCUGCUAAAAAUCAAAGAUCGGAAAGACCGGCAGGUUUUCCCGAUCAACAGCUUACAAGUCAUAAUUGUUUAAUUGCAGGGCUGCCAGGUCUCCCCGAUUGUCAGGGUUAAUCCUUGUAUAUUGACUGAUUUUUUAAGGAAAAACUGCAGAUUUUCAUCAUCUCCCUGAUUCAUGCAUUGAUUUCUUUUAUUGGUUUGUGUGUAAUUGAAAAAGAUCUCCCUCCUUCCUUUGUAAAUUCUUCCCGAUAGGUAAAUAUUAAAGUUGGCAGCUCUGUGGCUGUCUCUGUGGUCAAAGUACGUCACCUAUUUCAGCCAAUCAAAACCAUUCAAUUUAUCUUUGAAUCAUUUGCAUAACUACUUUUGUAGUUGUAAGAAUUUCCAAGAUUAUUAUAUUGUUAUGCUGUAUGUUUUAUAUGUCUGCAUAUAUCAUGUCUAUUGUAAACUGAAUGUAAUUCAGCCUUUUGGCUGGUAUUUCCUGUGCUAUUCUUAGUAAACCAAUAUAAUAACAAUAAUCCAAUCCAAACCAUUUUUUUACAUUCAUGACAAACAAAUAAUAUUGAUACAACAUCAUUAUAUAUUUUCAUAAAUUAUUUAGACAUGUACAACAAACUGAAUAGUAACUCAAACAGAGAGGAAAACAAAAACUUAUUGGAUAUGUACAUAGUACCAAUUAUCCUAUGCAUGUAUAUCAUUCAAGGUUAAAGGUCAAUCUAAUAACAGGGUAAUAGUAAUAUCUAUUACAUAACAUAUUGAAUUUAAUGCCACAUAAGAGAUCAAAUUCUAUAAUGAACACAUAUUUCAUCAAGAUAUUAGCAAAAUCAUGAACAUGAAAUAAAUUCAUAUUGAAUACAUAUAAUUAAUUUAUAUUGAAUACAUUUUAUAUUUUGAUUGCAACUUUCCAUACACUUGACCAAUCAGGAGCCAGCUUUCAAUAAACUAUGAUGGAAACACUGAAUGUUGAGCUCUGUGAUUGGGCUAGAUGUGCAUUCAAAUUAUAUAUGAUUGCCUAACCUAGAUUUGGUGGGAAUGGAUUAAUGCUGGCAUGCAAUAUGGAUACAUACCUAUAUACAUGUACAUAGCCCCAUUGAUAAUGGUGUUGAUUGGACUGGUUCCAAUCAGUUGAAUAUGAACCACACAAAGCUACCCAAGUCAAAUUUGGUGUGAGUGUGUGUGUAGGUUUCAUCAAUCAUGGUCUAUCAAAAUUAUGGUCUUGAAAAUCAUAAAAUGCAAACUGAACAGAAUCAUGCCAAGAUGCUUAAUUAUCCCAAUAAUUUUUCAUUCACGUUUUAACUUCAAUAUGUACUGAAAUAUAUAUUAGCUUUAAUAGAUACAGCUAUGUCUUACCCUGCCGACUACUGAUUAGGCUUGUACAGAGACUAAUUGGUACCAGUAGGUUUGAUGGGAUUGUAUGCACAAGGGUAAAUUAUACGCUCAGCAUACCGAUCAAUAAAUUAAUAAUACAGGAAUGUAGUAGAAUGCACUGGACGGACAAAUUAAUACAAUACCAUAAUGCACAUAGGGGAUUAUUCUAGGAAAUACAUUCAAAUCCCUACAAGGAACUGUGCCUUGAAAUACAAGUAUGUUUAGUUCAAAUGUGGGACUGAUGAAAUAAAUAGAAUAUACUGUAAUCAAAUGUAUACUGACAAAUUAAUGUAUAUCAACUUCAUGUACAAUGUACAACUUAAUGUACAAAUCAUGUAAGUAUUGGACAUCCAAGUGCCCACAUGGGACUAUUCAAUAAGGUACAUGUAUGUUCUGAUAAUGUUCAUUGCAUAAAAUAUCAAAAUCCACAUUUGGGACUGUUGAUAUAAUGAAGUUCGUAAUGAAUAGAUGUACUUUUCUGUGAUUGUAAAUCGACUGACUUACACAUUUGCCACUGCUACAAAAUAAUUUUAUAUUGAAUAUUAUUAAUAUGUUCAUUAGAUAGAAUAUCAGAAUGCACAUGUGGGACUGUUGAAAUAAAUAGAAAGUUCAUAAUGAAUAGAUAAUUUUUUAAUUGUAAUUUUACUGACUUACACAAAACUUGCUACAAAAUAAUUGUAUAUUGAAUA